AUGGCGCCGAAAAGGGCAGUGAAAGCAGCGAAGCAGGAGAAGCAGGUGUGCGUGGACGCUGCCGCGCAGGACAAGAAAAGGCAGAACGAUUUCGCGUGCAAGCUGACGAAGGCACCACAUCGCAUCAAGGAGUUCUACGACAAAGGCCUGAAGCACCUCAAGGCGUCAAAGUCUGCGGAGAAGGAAGAGUUCAUUCGACAGACUCUCGCUACGGUGGACUUCAAGGACGCGUACUUCGAGGGCAUCGAGAUCAUCCGCGACGCCGAGAUGGAGAAGGUCACUGAGAGUUGGAUGUCGUGGACGGCCAUCGCGCAGAAAAACGGCCCCGCGCUGGUCCGUGUUCAAGUAAAACAAGGAAAGAUACUGACUAGGCCCCACGAGGACCUCGACCACGAUGGCCCGACGACAAAGGAGCUCCCUGAGGAAGAGCAGCUGCAGUACAAGGUCGUUGAGAUAAAGAGCGUGACGGAAGUUGGCACAGUGAAUGAGGCGCGUCGCAGCACCAAGGGAUCAGGCGGCGAGGGGCCACCGCCACCGGAGGAGGAGGAGCAGCCGACCGAGGACAAGGCCAAGAUCUCCAAGAUCAAGAAGCAGCACAACGCGUACAGUGCUGUGACAGUCGACUUCAAGAUGAAGCUGGCGAAGUUCUCGGAUAACAGGCUGCGGCACGUCAUGCCCAAUCCUCGCAGGCACGUUGAGCAGUUCUACGCGGAGGCAAACGCAAGCUUCAAGGCCGCGAAGAAGAAUGAUUCCAAGAUCAUCAAAUUCUUGGAGAAAGUAUCGCACGGCGACGCGAUCCCAACAGAGGAGGUCGAGAACGCCGCAGCGCUUGCAGAUGAGCUGAAGGACGACGUGGCCACGGUCAGGGAUUACCUGUCUAUGAUGGCCACGAUCGCAACGAGGUUGACCAAGAAGAGGGAGCGGUCUGCCGCCGCGGACACCGACGGGGAGGCGGGGCCGCCCCUGGGCGCCGGCGCGCCGGGCUGGGUCGGGCUGCGGCUCUUCGUCUUUGGCCCCGACGAGCACCUGUCCCGGCGCGUGCUGGCAGACGGGGCCUGGCAGUACGAGACGGUGGCGUGGUGGUGCCGCCGGCUGCGCGCGGCGGGGGCCGGGCACUUCCUGGAGGCGGUUGCUGCACGGGAUGUCCGUGCCAUCGAACAUUUCGUCGCCAACAAAGCGGUCAGCAAGGCCCUCGCGCGGGUGCACGCGCCCAUGCGUUUCACCCAGGGCGACGACGUCCCGAGGAACCUGCAGGACAUGUUCCCAAAGCCCGCUCGACCGCUGCCCCCGCAGCCCGCCCACGAGAAGGUCCCGCCGGAGUUGCUGGAGGAGCUCGUGACGCACAUCUCGGCGGCUGUCGCGGCACUCCCGUCGAUGUGCGGCGCUGGGCCCAACGGGUCCUUCUACGAGCACCUCAAGAUCCACGCCUCCAUCCAGGGUGGCCAGCAGGUCCUGGCCAGCGUCCUCGCGGAUUUGCUGACCGGCGAGGCCCCACUCGAGGCGAACCGGGCUCGCCUCUUAAGCUGGACUGUGACGUCGACAUUCGCCCAUUGGUGUCACCAUCUGGCCACUGGCGUGCUGCGCUCCGAGGGUGGCCCUGUGGCGUGCCGACAUUUCGUCGACGCCCAUUUGUUCUCUGACCCUGAGCUCACCCUGACAGCCCUCGACGUAGCGAACAUGUACGGGAGCAUGUGUUUGGGCAACAUCGAGUCUGAGGGCUGCCCGUCGGCCUCCUACUUGGCUUGCCUGGGCGUCGCCCCGGUUCACGAUGCCUUGAAGGAGAACUCGGUGGUGGUGAGGCUGCAGCUGCACCCUGAAGCUUCGCGAGUGCUCAACGUGGUCUCCGGGGGCUUGCGACGUGGGGGUUCGGGCAUCCGACGAGUGGCAUCGCCCCCGCUGGUACUCAAGCAGCCUCUCGCGCGCCCGGGCGUGGACUCCGCCAGCGAUCCGGCCCUGCUCUUCACGAGCGGGCCCUGCGAGGAGGUGCUGGCAGAACGGAGGCGCACGCUGAAUCGCUUCAGCGAGCUCAAGGCGGCGGGGCUGGCCACGCACCUCGAUGUGUGUCUUGCUCGAGUGGCUACUGCCAGCGACGGUGUCUACCUCCAGCAGCGCCAACCGCCCACGGAGGCCCACUGCUCCGCGCUGGACAUGGUGGUCUUAGACGGCAUCUUCGACCUCCUGGGCGUGGGGUACGGCCUGUCGAGCGCGGCCCUGGGCUCCAAGCCCAACUACCUGGCCUCCUGGCUGCGCGACCUCACCGAGAGCGCAGAGACCACGGGCCUCGCCGGCGGUUCCGCCCUGCUCGACAGGGCGCCCGCCCUCCGGGCCUGCCUUGAAGGCGUCGUCACCGGCAUGUCGGCGCAGGGAGUGGACCUCCCAACUGGCACGAAGGAUGUUUUACUCCCAGGUUCGGCAGGCGCCGCGUCCAGAUGGCUCUCCGAAGUGGUUUCUCGCAUAGGCUCCGAUAUUCGUAGUGGUGCCACUGAGGAGUGCGUCACCACGAUGCUGGAGUCUGAUGGCGGCGGUGGUGGCUCAUGUUUUGCAGUCCCGACGCUUCCGCACCACUGCCUGACGAAUCAAGAGGUCGCCACCGCCAGCCGCCUCCAGAUGCAUUUGGAGGUUCAUGAGAAGCGGCCGGGGCACGACUUCCACUGCCUCCACAGGGGCGGACGGCAGUCCGGGUACCAGGUCCGCAGCCAGGCAGUCGACCUGAAGGGCCUCCAGGGUCUUAUGUGCAAGCGAUGGGGCCUCGUGGUGGGCAGGCACGACGCUCUCCGCGAUGUCCUUGCGGGCAUGAUCACGGAGCAACGCCGCCCAGACAUCGACUACCACGACAAGCGGAUGGUGCGACAGUGCCUAGACGUCGCCGUCGUGACACCACACAUCAGGGCACUCCCAUGGGAUGCGCGCCUGCACAGGGCCGGGGCGCUCAUCGCGCGCGAGGAGAGCAACAAGAGACGCAAGUAUCAUAUGCUCAGCCUCACUCCUUUCGUGCUCUCUCACCUCGGCCGCAUGGGCGGGGGGGGCCAGGGCAGAAUCAAGGCCUUCGCCGAUGGCCUUUCCGAGCGCGAGCGGUCGUCUGCUAUAGACGGGUGCUACCAGCACCUAGCGGCGACGCUCCAGCGCGGCAGCGUGGCCCUCUUGGCCGCGGCUGCGCCCCUCAUUCCCUAG